AUGGCUCUUGGCAUGUCACGAAGGAUUGUGCUGCGUUGUAGAUACCCAACUCUCCGUGUCUAUUCCAGCGACUCUAUAGCUGGCGGUGAUCUUCAAAUUCCUAUGGCGAUAAUCGAGAUCACUAUUGAGAGUAUUAAGCGCUAUUGCCUCAGCCGCAGCGGAGACGGCUGUGGUGAGGUGAGCCCCAGAGCCGAGGUCGUCUGCUACUUCGAGGGUGACCUGACGGCGAAGGAUGUUGACCCCUGCAAGUGCACAAUCCUCGUGGCCUCCGACGUGACCCUCGAUCAUGACCUGAAACUCACUUCCGAUGUCGACUUCACCAAGCUCAAGGCGCUGAAGGCGAGGAACCCCAAGCUCCGGCUGGUGGCUUCCAUCGGCGGCGAAAACGUCAAGACAGAAACGUUCUCUCUGGUGACGUCUUCGGUGGAGGGCGUGGCCAACUUCACGGAGGGCGUGGUUGCCUUCGUCACUGCUAACGGGCUGGAUGGGCUUGAGGUAGACUGGAGGUGGCCGGGGCAAAAUGGCGGCAGCAAGGAUAAGGAUGACGUCACCACGCUCAUGAAGGUCGUUCGCCUCGCCCUGGACCAGAAGGUGCACAGCGUGAGCCGAAGGACAGCGACUGAAGCCCUUGCCGAAGACACGACGGAAGCCGAGGACGCAACGGAGGCGCCACAGGACGUAACGGAAGCCGAGAGCGCUACCGAGGCCUCCACCGACGUCCCAACGACCAGUGCGCCCGAACAGGAGGACGAGAGCCUCGGGUCAGACUACCUGGUCCUCGAAUCAGGUUCCGAGUACGAGGUGACCCUCCGGCCCGAGAUAGAGGUAAGACUCGAAGACACAGGACACACGAUCAAGGAGAAGAAAGAGGACAGUCAUGGAAAAAAACAAGAAAAGACAGCAACUCGACCUUACCGUGGAAGCGUUAAGUUCACCGAUUACUUCAAGCUCUCAGGCGUCCUCACCACCACGGAGACGCCCUCGACGACCCCCUCCUCCGGAUGGAAGAUCGCCAAGUCUUCUCAAGCGUCCGAGAGGAAGGCGAAGCAGGAAGUGGAGAAGGAGAGAGGAGCCAUCCUUAUGAUGACCGUGUCUCCCCAUCCCGAAUACCUCGUUAAGGGAUACGACCUCAAAGCCCUCACUAAGAUUGUGGACUUCUUCAGCCUUCCCACCCACAACCUGACAGAAGACCGCCCCGAUGCAGCCGCCGAAACCUUCCACCACAGCCGUCUCAUGGGCGUUUCUGAUCUCGAAAAUGCGGAUUCCCUCGUGGAUUUAGUGGUGUCUCUCGGAGUGCCACUCGACCACCUGAUCCUCGGACUGCCAGCCACUGCCGCUGUGUUUACCCUGAAGGACGAAGAGCUGAACACCCCCCGCUCCCCGGCCGCUGGAACCGCCAGCUUCAUUCCUUACAGAGAGGCAUGCAUGAUGAUGGAGUCCGGGAACUGGACAGUGGAGCGCGACGAGGACCUGACCGGACCCUACGCCUUCCUGAACGCAACGUGGCUGGCCUUCGACGACCCUACCAGCGCCAAGAUCAAGAGCAAGUAUGUGCUGCUUCGAGGACUGGCUGGUGCGGCUCUGCAUAAUUUAGAUGGCGAAGACUGGGAUGACCAAUGCAACCAAGGCAAAUACCCUGUCCUGUCAGCAAUACACGACACCUUUACGCAGCUUGCCCGAACACCUCGACGUGCAGUUCUGCAAAGCCUUGUUGAUGAUCUGGAGACUGAGGAGUCCUCCUUCCGGCCAAUAUCUGUUGCUUCCCCAACUGAUCUUCGAAAUUCACCCUUCAGAAUAGUUCGCAUUGUUGAUCGAACUGGAGCUAUUAAGGCAAUCCGAGCAAGUUCUGAGUCAAGGUUCGAGUGCUCCCGCCAAGGCUAUUACCGAGACCCUGCUGACUGUUCCCAAUUUUAUCGCUGUGUAAAGUUCAACCAAUACGUGGAUGACUUCACUGUCUUUGAAUAUUCAUGCCCUUCUGGACUUGUAUUCGAUGAUCGUUGGGAGAUCUGCGCAUGGCCCUCUGCAGCUCCUCCAUGUGAUGGUUCCUCAGAAAUUUUCCCUGUCCCUCGUAGAAAGUUUUCCUGCCCUGGAGAAGGAUAUUUCACUGAUCCAGAGAACUGUCGCUGGUUCUUUGCUUGCAGAGAUUACUAUGGGAAUGGAACAUACACUCAGUAUGAGUUUAGGUGUCCAUUUGGACUUGCUUAUGAUGAGGCUAAUGGACUGUGCAACUGGCCCUGGCUUGUGGAAGGUUGUGGACAUACUGGGCCAAUCCCUGAUGGAUAUGGUGGUGUGAGUAGUGGCGCAGUCCCAGUUAGUGUGGCUUCCAUUGCUGGAGGUGGAUUCAGCCAAGGCAAAGCAGUAUUUGGAGAUGGGUCUGCUUCUCAGGAUCUGUAUGGUGGAAGCAGUGAAAGUUGUGAAGACUGUGGUUCCACUGAACUGGCUAUUGGUGGCCAAGGAGUCUACAAUGCUAACCGUGGCCUUAUUGUUGGUGCAGAUCAGAGCAAUGAACGUCUUUCAUAUGGUACCUUCAAAAAUACUGGAAUCCCAACCAUCCCUGGUACUGGCUUUAGUGGACAUGGCAGUGGCAGGCAAGGAAACAAUAUUGGUUCUGCUGCUUUUGGUUCUUCAUCAAAUAGGAGGCCAAGCAAAACACAAGGAGGAAGGAGAAAGUCCUCUCGCGGUCAGAAUGGUCAGGGAUACAACUACCAGGAACCUGACAAUGCUUUCAAUCCUGCUGAGGUUUCAGGUGGCUAUGCUGCUCCAAAUUCAGGCUCUAGGGGAAGACCAUCAUCCAGACCUUCCUCUUCCUACAAAACUCCAAGUGCAACAACUCGUACACCAACAACCACCUACCGACCUGUCACUUCUGCCCCUGCAACAACACCUUCCUCUGGAUAUUCAUAUCCUGAACCAGCUAAUCCUUUCACCUCAGGAACCUCCAUCCAAGUCUCAAAGCCUUCACCAGUAACUUCUGCUCCAAUCAGGUCAAGCACAAGAGGACAUGGUUCAUCAGGAAGCACUAGUGGAUCAAGAAAGACAAGUGGCAGUGGAGUAGGACAUUUUACUAUUCCUGGUAGUUCAUCUGGUAGCAGACAUGGCUCCGGAAGUAGUGCAUCAGGAGGUUCCAGGGGAUCAGGAAGACCUGGAUCAUCAAGAGGAUCAAGUGGAUCAUACUCAGCUCCUGCAAAACCUUUCGUAACUGGCUCCUCUGCAGGAUCUGCUGACUCAUCUGAGGAAGAAGGUGGAUCUGGAAGCCGUGGUACUUCCAGUGGUUCAAGCCACUUUGGAGGAUCAGGUUCUGGAAACCGUGGUAGUUCAACUGGUUCAAGUCAUUUCGGAGGAUCAGGAUCUGGAAGCCGUGGCAGUUCCAGUGGUUCAAGUCACUUUGGAGGAUCAGGUUCUGGAAGCCGUGGUAGUUCCAGUGGUUCAAGUCACUUUGGAGGAUCAGGUUCUGGAAGCCGUGGCAGUUCCAGUGGUUCAAGCCACUUUGGAGGAUCAGGAUCUGGAAGCGGAGGCAGUUCCAGUGGUUCAAGCCACUUUGGAGGAUCAAGAUCCGGAAGCCGUGGCAGUUCCAGUGGUUCAGGCCACUUUGGAGGAUCAGUUUCUGGAAAUGGUGGCAGUUCCAGCAGUUCUAGUGGAUCAUCUGGUGGCUAUUCAUACUCUGCACCCGCAAAGCCUUUCAUAACUGGCUCCUCUGCAGGAUCUGCUGGUUCAUCUGAGGAAGAUGGUGGAUCCGGAAGCCGUGGCAGUUCCAGUGGUUCAAGUCACUUUGGAGGAUCAGGAUCUGGAAGCCGUGGUAGUUCCAGUGGUUCAAGCCACUUUGGAGGAUCAGGAUCUGGAAGCCGUGGCAGUUCCAGUGGUUCAAGCCACUUUGGAGGAUCAGGGUCUGGAAGCCGUGGCAGUUCCAGUGGUUCAGGCCACUUUGGAGGAUCAGGUUCUGGAAGCAGUGGCAGUUCCAGCAGUUCUAGUGGAUCAUCUGGUGGCUAUUCAUACUCUGCACCCGCAAAGCCUUUCAUAACUGGCUCCUCUGCAGGAUCUGCUGGCUCAUCUGAGGAAGAUGGUGGAUCUGGAUUCUUUGGAGGUUCUGGCAGUUCCAGUGGAUCAAGUCAUUUUGGAGGAUCAGGAUCUGGAAGCCGUGGCGGUUCCAGUGGUUCAGGCCACUUUGGAGGAUCAGGUUCUGGAAGCAGUGGCAGUUCCAGUGGUUCAAGCCACUUUGGAGGAUCAGGAUCUGGAAGCAGUGGUAGUUCCAGUGGUUCAAGUCACUUUGGAGGAUCAGGAUCCGGAAGCCGUGGCGGUUCCAGUGGUUCAGGCCACUUUGGAGGAUCAGGUUCUGGAAGCAGUGGCAGUUCCAGUGGUUCAAGUCACUUUGGAGGAUCAGGAUCCGGAAGCCGUGGCGGUUCCAGUGGUUCAGGCCACUUUGGAGGAUCAGGUUCUGGAAGCAGUGGCAGUUCCAGUGGUUCAAGUCACUUUGGAGGAUCAGGAUCCGGAAGCCGUGGCGGUUCCAGUGGUUCAGGCCACUUUGGAGGAUCAGGAUCUGGAAGCAGUGGCAGUUCCAGUGGUUCAAGUCACUUUGGAGGAUCAGGAUCCGGAAGCCGUGGCGGUUCCAGUGGUUCAGGCCACUUUGGAGGAUCAGGUUCUGGAAGCAGUGGCAGUUCCAGUGGUUCAAGUCACUUUGGAGGAUCAGGAUCUGGAAGCCGUGGCGGUUCCAGCAGUUCUAGUGGAUCAUCUGGUGGCUAUUCAUACUCUGCACCCGCAAAGCCUUUCAUAACUGGCUCCUCUGCAGGAUCUGCUGACUCAUCUGAGGAAGAUGGUGGAUCCGGAAGCCGUGGUAGUUCCAGUGGUUCAAGUCACUUCGGAGGAUCAGGAUCAGGAUCUGGAAGCCGUGGCAGUUCCAGUGGUUCAAGUCAUUUUGGAGGAUCAGGAUCAGGAUCUGGAAGCCGUGGCAGUUCCAGUGGUUCAAGUCACUUUGGAGGAUCAGGAUCAGGAUCCGGAAGCCGUGGCAGUUCCAGUGGUUCAAGUCACUUUGGAGGAUCAGGAUCUGGAAGCCGUCAGUUCCAGUGGUUCAAGUCACUUUGGAGGAUCAGGAUCCGGAAGCCGUGGCAGUUCCAGUGGUUCAAGUCACUUUGGAGGAUCAGGAUCUGGAAGCCGUGGCGGUUCCAGUGGUUCAGGCCACUUUGGAGGAUCAGGAUCUGGAAGCAGUGGCAGUUCCAGUGGUUCAAGUCACUUUGGAGGAUCAGGAUCCGGAAGCCGUGGCGGUUCCAGUGGUUCAGGCCACUUUGGAGGAUCAGGAUCUGGAAGCAGUGGCAGUUCCAGUGGUUCAAGUCACUUUGGAGGAUCAGGAUCCGGAAGCCGUGGCGGUUCCAGUGGUUCAAGUCACUUUGGAGGAUCAGGAUCCGGAAGCCGUGGCGGUUCCAGUGGUUCAGGCCACUUUGGAGGAUCAGGUUCUGGAAGCAGUGGCAGUUCCAGUGGUUCAAGUCACUUUGGAGGAUCAGGAUCCGGAAGCCGUGGCGGUUCCAGUGGUUCAGCCACUUUGGAGGAUCAGGUUCUGGAAGCAGUGGCAGUUCCAGUGGUUCAAGUCACUUUGGAGGAUCAGGAUCCGGAAGCCGUGGCGGUUCCAGUGGUUCAGGCCACUUUGGAGGAUCAGGUUCUGGAAGCAGUGGCAGUUCCAGCAGUUCUAGUGGAUCAUCUGGUGGCUAUUCAUACUCUGCACCCGCAAAGCCUUUCAUAACUGGCUCCUCUGCAGGAUCUGCUGGUUCAUCUGAGGAAGAUGGUGGAUCUGGAAGCCGUAGCAGUUCCAGUGGUUCAAGUCACUUUGGAGGAUCAGGAUCUGGAAGCCGUGGUAGUUCCAGUGGUUCAAGUCACUUUGGAGGAUCAGGUUCUGGAAGCCGUGGCAGUUCCAGUGGUUCAAGUCAUUUCGGAGGAUCAUCAGGAUCUGGAAGUGGUGGCAGUUCCAGCAGUUCUAGUGGAUCAUCUGGUGGCUAUUCAUACUCUGCACCCGCGACACCUUUCAUAACUGGCUCUUCUGCAGGAUCUGCUGGCUCAUCUGAGGAAGAUGGUGGAUCCGGAAGCCGUGGUAGUUCCAGUGGUUCAAGUCACUUUGGAGGAUCAGGAUCUGGAAGCCGUGGUAGUUCCAGUGGUUCAAGUCACUUUGGAGGAUCAGGAUCAGGAUCUGGAAGUCGUGGCAGUUCCAGUGGUUCAAGUCACUUUGGAGGAUCAGGAUCAGGAUCUGGAAGUCGUGGCAGUUCCAGUGGUUCAAGUCACUUUGGAGGAUCAGGAUCAGGAUCUGGAAGCCGUGGCAGUUCCAGUGGUUCAAGUCACUUUGGAGGAUCAGGUUCUGGAAGUGGUGGCAGUUCCAGUGGUUCAGGCCACUUUGGAGGAUCAGGAUCUGGAAGCAGUGGCAGUUCCAGCAGUUCUAGUGGAUCAUCUGGUGGCUAUUCAUACUCUGCACCCGCAAAACCUUUCAUAACUGGCUCCUCAGCAGGAUCUGCUGGUUCAUCUGAGGAAGAUGGUGGAUCCGGAAAGCCGUGGCAGUUUCCAGUGCGUUCAAGUUCACUUUGGAGGAUCAGGAUUCAGGAUCCGGAAAGCCGUGACAAAUCAAACUAA